AUGCAACGCGUGCUGGUCUACCUAUUGCGAAGGGAUCUACGACUUGCCGACAACCCCAUCUUCCAUGAGUUAACUCGAUUGAACUCUCAAAGCAAGCGACCCUUUACACAUAUUCUUCCUGUCUUCCUUUUCCCGGCGCAGCAGGUCGAGGUUUCCGGAUUUCUGAGCUCAGAGCAGGAAAAGUCGCCCUACCCCGAAGCCCGCAGUGCGACAGGAAGAUAUUGGAGAUGUGGCAAGCUCAGGGCGAAGUUUCUGGCCGAGAGCGUCUUCGACUUGAGGAGUGACCUGGAGAGGAUCAACAGUGGACUCACAAUCCGCGUGGGUACCGUCAAGGACGUCGUUCGCUCUAUAUUGGAUGGCUACCGCGAGCGUGACGACGCAGAAGUACAGGGACUAUGGAUGACAAGCGAAGAAGGUUGGGAAGAGCAGAUUGAAGAAGAUAAUGCCAGGAACCUUAUGCAAGAAGAGAAGAAGGAAUUCAAGCUGUGGACCGAUGAGAAGUAUUUUGUGGACGAUCGCGAUCUGCCUCUGAAAGACCCGAGAGAGUUGAACGAUGUAUUCACAGCCUUCCGAAAGACGGUGGAGCCUCUAAGGUCCGCCCCUAGACAGGAACUGCCUAAGGUGAAGCAACUUCCACCACUGCCCGACUUUAUACCGGAGCAAGCGAAGCCAUUUGAAAUCCCACAGACUCUCAAAGGUACCAUAGCUAGGCUUUCCAAACCACUGGACAAAGACAACCAUCUUCCUGGGGACCCGACGUUGCCUAAUGGCGCGAGCUCUGCGCACCCAUUCAUCGGUGGAUCAAAAGCUGGGCUCGAGAGAGUAAACCACCUCCUCGAGACUGGUUCCAUGUCGGCGUACAAGGACACCCGAAAUAGACUGCUGGGCCUCGACUUCUCCACGAAGCUCUCAGCUUGGCUAGCGUUAGGCUGCAUUACGUCGAGACAGAUUCAUUGGCGCAUGAUCGAUUUUGAGGACGGGAAGGGUGAAGUUGGGAAGAACGCGCAGGGCUACGGCAAGGGCGAGAAUAAGGGUACUGCAGCAGUUCGCUUCGAACUUCUUUGGAGAGAUUAUAUGCGCCUUUGCACUCGAAAGUUCGGCUCCCGGCUCUUCUGGGUUGGGGGAUAUAAAGGGGAUAAGGAAGCGGACUCGAAGUUCAUCAGCUCGCCAUACACCAACUCCACCAAGAAUAAGAACACCGGCGGUACAAACGACGACGACACUCGUGUCACCCUGGAACGUUUUAUGGCUGGGAGAACUGGUACUGGACUAAUCGACGCAUCUCAGAGAGAGCUGUACAUGACGGGCUGGACUUCCAAUCGUGCACGGCAAAAUGUUGCAUCAUAUUUGUCGAAACACCUUGGCCUCGAUUGGCGCAUCGGUGCCGAAUGGUAUGAGAUGAAUUUGAUCGACUAUGACCUUUCCAGUAACUGGGGAAACUGGCAAUAUGUUGCAGGCGUAGGCAACGAUCCGCGAGGUGCUGCGCGAGUGUUCAACCCAGUCAAGCAAGCUGUCGACUACGAUACGAACGGAGAAUAUGUCCGUACCUGGGUCCCGGAGCUGAGGUACGUGGGACGGUCUACAGAAGGCGCGGGCGCUGGCAAAGGUACAAAUGAGAACCAGGGCCAGAAAGAUAGCCUCGACUCUCUAAUGGGUGUUUUCCAAGCUUGGCGAUUGCCUGCACAGGAGAAGAAACGGCUCGGGUUGGAUGGGGUCGAAUGGGUUGAGAAACCACUCGUGCAUAUCGAUUAUUCUGUCAAUCGGCGUGGUGGAGGCGGUCGUCGGGGCGGCCGUGGCGAUAGAGGGGGAGGGAAUCGCGGUCGUGGUGGACGAGGCCGUGGCCGUGGCGAGCACCGAUGA